UGACUCUGCAGGCUCCUUUCCUUCGUGGUCUCAACAUUUGUCCCGUUCGCUUGUGUCUGUGCGCGGCCGAGUGCGGUCCUGCCGACUGUGUACCUACACAACCACGGCCAGCUCGAGCAUGACGACGCACCUGCGCACGCAUACGGGCGAGCGCCCCUUUCGGUGCCACCUGUGUCCGAGCGCAUUUGCUCAGAGUGCCAACCUCAAGCGACACGUGCGCACCCACACAGGGGAGCGUCCCUUUGCCUGCGUGCACUGCGACGCAUCCUUUUCGCAGAAGUCGGACCUCUUCAGCCACAUGCGUCUGCACACUGGAGAGAAGCCAUACAGGUGUAGCCAGUGCUUCCGCCUGUUCCGAACCCAGUCUCAGCGUGCCAGCCACUUGAAAGAGUGCAACGGCGUGCCUGUCAGGCCUUCGCAGCUACACGCACAGCCUCAGCCAGGCCAAGAGCCGGUGCCAGAACCGAAUAUGGAACCAGAGUUGCAGCAACUACCGGGGCAAGUCCUUUCUGACAACCUGCCGCUGCAGAUGUACUCGCCACAGUCUGCCGACCAGGAGUCUCCAGAGUUGGAGCCGGAGUCACCGCCGCAGUCGCCCCCUUCACUGUUGCCAACAUUGUAGCAGCUGCAUAGGGCAAGGUGGAGAUUAUGAUGCCUACAUGUCUGGGUGGGGUGUAUUAUUCCUGCAUUGUUUUUGACAAUGUAUGCAUAGACAAAUAGCAUAUCUUUUUCUUUUGCUACCAUUCAGGUGAAUUAGCCUGUGCAAAGCAUUAUCUCCAUGCUUGAAUGGAAUGCAGCUGAGAUGCACAGAGGAAGUUCUCCAAAUUGUGCUUGUCUAAUGUUCUUUGUUUUUAUUUUUUAGGUGUUUACGUUUACAACUCUGCCUUAAUGGGUGUGUGAUGCAGAGUUUUUUUUUAUAUGAAAAAAAAUUAUGUUUUGUCAACAGUUACAGAAAGCCAUUUGUAGAAGUUUUCUGUUAGCAUUAUAUGUUAACCUGUCUUGCAGAAGCAGACACGAGAUAGGAUGAAAAAGUUGAAGGUCAGGUUACUAAAUACUUCAUUAAGUCAUGUAUUUGCCAUGGGAAUUGCUUGGGACUCACUACCCUCAUCACACACUACUUAAAUGUCAAAGUAAUCACAUGUUGAAAUCUACCUCUAGUUUUUAUAGCAUUGCAAUGGUCUUUGUGUUUUCAUGUGUUGAGACAGGAGCUGAUGUAGAGGAAGGUGAUGUCUUUUAUACAUGCCUUCCGCAUGCUUACCUGCCAUUAUCCAUGCAUCUUUUGGACUCCUCAGGGCACUUGUUGCACAGCAUUUAUAAGUGUACUGUAGCACACUGUGACGUUUGGCCUUACUAUUAUAUAGUGCGAGCUGUAUAUAUAUAUAUGGGACAUGGUAACCUUACGCUUCAAGCGAGUACAUUAUGCACUCUGGCACAGUCACAAAUAUUUGUGUUACGAAGCAUAUACCCUUACAACUCGUCAGACAAUUCUUUUUAAAUGAAGCAGUGCUUCGGAACAUCAACUCGCACUACAGGAACAGUGCGAGAAUGCCCAGUGACAUACUUCUCACCGGUUAUGAAACACCUUAUACUAUCAUUUCAGCACGGUGAUAACUGCGACCGGUAAUACAAACAAGACGUGCAGGAACUAAACGGAUGCAGUUUCCUUUCUUGAAAUCAGUGGGACAACCCACGGGCUUCGUAAGUAAAAUUAGAAAUUACCUGUUGUGUUAAAGGCCAACUGCAACGAAAUUUGACUUGGACAGAAUUCGCUCGGAAUGCACUGUAUAUGUUGUGUAAGGAAUUGUAAUCACAGUGAAAAAUCUUGCAGUCGCGUAUUCCAUUUAUAAUCGCUGCUCUAAUUUUCAGUAGCAGACGACGCGGAGCCCUAGCGGUGUGCCCAGGCAAAUCGGACACAAACGGAAAUCACAUAAAUCACAGUUCAUGGCCGCUCGUGAGCAGAACUCUCUGCAGCCGCAUCCCUUCCUUUUCUGCAUGACGCCUACAGAUGUGCGCCGCUGCGCCGCGCCGCCGCCACCUGUUUUUGCUCACGCCGCUGGCGCCGCCGCCGAAGUCCCGGGAGAGAUCACGCCGCCGCACAAUAAUUGCGGCGCGCCACCGUUAGUCUUUUAACCCGAACGGGAAAUCGGGACAUAAAAUACACACUGCACCGGGGAAGCUCUUGAUGCGUGUAUGUAAGGGACUGCCCAUUUCAGCCGCUGCUGAUUGGCCGGAGCUCGGCAAACAGUGCGCUCUCUGUUUCCGGUUUUCUUCUGCAAUGUCAUUUUGACGUCACGAACUUUCACAACUCUCGACAAAAAUGAGAGGGACAGAAUGUGCUUCAACCACGGAAAAAAAAAAAACAGCAGAUAGCGGAGGUAGUUGUUAGGUAUUGAUGUUAAAGAGACAGGACGUGCCAACGCGAACACAAGAGAGAAGUCAAGAAAAUUAACAGUUAUUUCUCACGCAGACCGCCACGUGCAUCCGAUCGGUAUCGCCUCUUGCCUGGGAAUGCGCAGAUAAGUACUAUUUGCGUCUACCUCCUUUUCCGCCGCUGUAUGAUUUUUCAGUUGUUAGCGGCGCUUGCGGUGCCUUGACUACUUUCUUGGGUACGUGUUCGUCGCCCUGUCUUUUUAAAGGGACCCAAAACAGCCUCUGAAAAUACAAAAAAUACGGGCAGUUUGCACUAAGUCGCGCAAAGCUUGGCACAGCGAAGCACGGGCCCGUCGCCGCUCAUACUCCAUCUACCGACACGUCUAGCUUUGAGAUCCGCGGCUUCCUCUUCGAGAGUAAAGACACCCUCCGAAACUUUUUCAUGCUUUAACUUUUCAGGUGGCAAUAAAAUACUUUCACGCAUUCACAGCGACCACUAGUUGCCAAAGUUAGCGUUAUACACACAAACACCCCCCGAAAAAAAUUCAUGGGUACGGCCCUGCGCACUUUCUUCGGACGCCCCAUGACUGGACACGAUUGGGCACAGCCAGGCUAUACACUAUAGAGCGGAUGUUGCAGGCGAUGUCUCCAUCGGUGGGCUUGGCUUAGAUACCGCGCAUGCGCGGUUUCACCGAGUAGUGCACUAUCUGGUAGCUAGACGAUGCGAUGCUUACUUCCACUUUCUUUCUAUCUUUUUUCUCUCUCUCUUCUUCUUUCUCCCUUUUUCGUUGACGCUUUCUCUGUCUCUCUUCCUUUUCGUUCUGCCGUUCUUUCGCUCUAUAUCUCUCUUUCUCAUUCUUUCUGUGCUACACUUUACUCUCUCCCCUCCUCCUUUCCCUCCUCCUCACCGUCACAUAUCUCCUCCACAUGCUCACUUCCUAUUCCAACCGCCUUGCUACUCUAUACUGUACAAGGUUAUGCUAUGCUCUCCUAGCGUGCCUGAAUAGCCGAGUGGUAAGACGCUCGAGCGCCGUCGGAUCGAGGAUAGGCUGGUUCGAAUCCAGCCUCGUGAAGAAUUUUUUCCUUUCUCUUUCUUUAUAUCAUUCUUUCCGUCUCUCUGUUCGUUUCUUUCUUUAUUUCUCUCCCUCUCUCUCUAACUCGUUCUCUCCUCCAUUACGGUUAUUACAGGCCCUGCCGUAGUUGGGUCUGCCCAAAUUCUGUGGAACAUACCCGUUCAUGAUGAUGAUGGUUUUUGGGCACGGUCAAGCUCUUUACGCCGAGCUAGAACUGCUUCGCUGUUAAAAAAUGAGCGCCUUAUUCUCUCUUGGCGUCUCUCGUCUUUGUGGCACACUUAGCGACGCCAGAACGGUGAUUCACCUGACAUCAUUCGGGCACAUACUCUCGAUAGGUCCACAUACAAGAUAUAUCACUUGUGAAUUGUCUCCCACCCUACGUUGCCAUGCAGUCGCCGACACAUUCUUCCUUGUCUCGCAUGACCAUCGUGCGCAUUCAACUGCUUUCGCUCCAUUCUAUGCGUUUCCGACUGCGCAAGCUGAUAUAACAGGGCGUAGUGGACAAGCGCGAAAUCUUCAUAGGCUCAAUGCUUAGUGGUGACAUUGUACGUGUGUUUUAUAAAGAAAUAAGUGGCGAGGAGAUAUCGCUUGUAAGAAGGGUAGUGAAGGCGAGAAUAAAACUAAUGAAAAAGGAGCCGGAUUAUUUGGUUCUUCUGACGGACGAACUUUUUACAGCGAAGGCAAUGCAGCCCUCCAGAAAAAAAGCAAGCCCACAUCCAUGGUUUUUUUAAUAUAUUUUUAUUGCGAUAGCUAUUAUAUAGACAUUUUGGGCAGGUUUUAACCGUCGCCGUCAUGUUCCGUAUAAAGCCCAAAUCCAUAACAUCGCUCCGCGCAUCGUAUGUUCUAUCCGCGAAUAAAAGCUGCCGAGCGCUGGCGAGGACUACGGCUGCCGCAGAGAUGAAACAAGCUGGCCAUCUCCGUCGCACGGAGGGCGCAUGCGAUAACAUCAGCCCAUGUGCGAAGCCUGCCGUCGAUUGCUCCUCAAAGAGAAACGAAACGCCCCACCUGUCUUUCACUGGACGAAGGAGUAUGAACGGACGCCGGGGGAGGGGGGAGGGGGCUGCGUGGGUCGAGUAGCAACUGUGAACAUUCACUAUAGGCCGCGAUCGGGAGCUCUGGCGUGCGCGCUAUCUCGUCAGUUAUCAGCAAACGGCUCGAUUACCCUUCUACGCGCUGUGAUCUCACUACUUCGUGCUGUAACCACCGAUACGAUAAACUUAACGAAAACCGCUUCUCUCUUGGGAGCAGCCGUAUUCCAAUACACCAGCGUUUUCUAGCGUUACGAGAGAUCGGAUUAAAAAGUCAGCUACUAGCUAUAGUUCGUACAACAUUACGACAUAUUUCUAUCGCAUUUACAGCUUCGCUUUUUCGUUGAAACAUUUUUUUUUUUGCGAAUUUCAGGACAAAUUUUGCCACGAACUCUCAAAUCUA